UGUUUAUUUCUUGAAGCAGAACCGUAGAUUGAGGAGUUGGAGUUAACACCUUUCUGGAUAUUUUUCCAGUUCUCAUCUCUUCCUCUCUUUACGUCCUCUUCUAGUGCUCAUUCCAAUGCCAAAUAUCUGAAAGCUCUUCCCCUUUUUCUUCAAGGGUCUUUUUAUUUUCUGAAUUAUGAAGGAGAAGGUAAAUUCGUUUUCACCCACCGGAGUUCUAGAAGACUACUUUAGGAGCUCAGGACCCGAAUCAACUUCUUCUGAGUUGGCCAAACCAGCAGGUUCCUUUUGGCGUGGAAUAUUCAAAAUAUUGAGGUCGAAAUCCAGGAAGCCUGUAAGUAAAUUGCAUCCUCAGAGUGUGCUAAAGCUAUCCAAAAGAUUGAGCAACAGUAUGAGAGAGACUCUGCAUCUUCACUUUGGGUUUGAUUCCGAUGACUGCAACUUUAACUCGCCAUGGAAGAAUUUCACUCUGCGAGAACUCGAGGCUGCGACCAAUUGUUUCAGCCCCGAAAAUGUGAUUGGAAAAGGGGGUUAUGCUGAGGUUUACAGGGGAUGUUUGAAGAGCGGACAAGUUGUGGCCAUAAAGAGACUGACUAGAGGAAGUUUUGAUGAGAAUGUUGGUGAUUUCUUACUUGAACUUGGAAUAAUGGCCCAUCUCAACCAUCCCAAUACCGCCAAGUUAAUUGGCUAUGGAAUCCAAGGUGGAAUGCAUUUAGUUCUCGAAUUUUUUCCUCAUGGGAGUUUAGCUUCUACGCUUCAUGGUUUAAAGGAGAAGCUGGAAUGGAACAUUCGGUAUAAAAUAGCCAUUGGAAUCGCAGAGGGUUUAAGAUAUCUACAUGAAGGAUGUCAAAGAAGAAUUAUCCACAGAGAUAUUAAGGCCGCUAACAUUUUGCUCACUCAAGAUUUUGAGCCUCAGAUUUGUGAUUUCGGGCUUGCAAAGUGGCUGCCAAAGCAAUGGACUCAUCAUAUAGUAUCAAAAUUUGAAGGCACAUUUGGCUACUUACCUCCGGAGUAUUUAUCACAUGGUAUAGUAGAUGAAAAAACUGAUGUUUUUGCAUUUGGAGUUGUCCUAUUGGAGCUUGUUACUGGACGUCGUGCUCUUGAUUACUCUCAGCAAAGUCUUGUUUUGUGGGCAAAGCCGUUGCUGAAGAAGAACAAUGUGAGAGAACUUGUUGAUCCUUUUACAAUAAAUUAUAAUUCACGGCAGAUGAAUCUUGUUCUUCUUGCUGCUUCUUUAUGCAUACAGCAAUCCUCAAUUCGGAGACCUUGUAUGAGUCAGGUGGUUCAGAUCUUGACUGGAGACCUGAGCUGCAUGAGAGGGACCAGAAAAAUUCAAAUACCUUUCCUUCGAAGAGCUUUUCGUGAAGAGUUAUUUAGAGCGGAGCAGCCAAGGUUGAGAGAUAUUCUUAUGGAACAUCCAUAGGUGGUGGUUUCAUGAAAAAGAAAAAGACAGAGCAUGGCCCUGUUGUGCCGUGGAGGCGCGAGGUCAACUGCAGAGUUCCUAUAUUUGGCUAUUGGAAGCUGCAACCUUGGCUUAGGGAAUAUAGAUUCAAAUGCUUGCUUUCUAUUCCAAAGCUUUGUUUAUAAUAAGAACAUAAAAUAAAUACCACAAAGAGGGUCUCAGUUUCUUGUCAAAAUUUUGUUUACAUAUGUCUAGUAGAUGUAUAAAAUGAAACUUUUGAACCAUAAAGACAUAAUAAGAUAUAGGAUAAUAAUUCAAAUAUAA